GGGCAUGAUCAGGUGCCUUGACAUACACUGUGCUCCUGGCUCUUUAUCAGUCUGCUUCUGGCACUCGAGCCAUGUCAGAUAUAUGCCUGGCCGUUUACCGACGCGCACAGCAUAGUAUCUCUGCAGAUCCUUGUCCGCCUUGCGCUUCCUCGAUUUAUCCGCUGGCAUGUCGACGCGUUCGUUCAGAAAGCUUGCGAGAAGCUGUAGGGUGUUGCGGUACUUGUCGCGGAUGUCGUCUGGUCUGCCUCGCCAAAAUGUGGCGCUUCGUCGCCUUAAAAGUACCGAUGGGAAGAGGCGACGGCUUGAAGAAGCUCGGGGAUGAAGCUCGUCAACAGCCUUUGUCCAAAAAGCUUGAAGUCGCGAGCGCAUGCGUCAGGGCUGUUGCAAAGCUACCUGGUCGGUGUCGCGUGGGUCAAGAGAGUCAAAGACGACUCACGCCGGUGGCUAGAAGGGUCUCGAAAGCUGCAGUUCUAGGGCCGUUUCCUCAGCGGUUGCCUUUGUUCGUGGGCGCAUGCCGAAACAUGUAACGGGGGGAAAAGUGAAGAUUGCGGCAAGGGCCGGUAACGAGGGGACCACUUCAAUGGAGUGCGGAUGGAUCAUUCUUACUGACCCAGCCAGUGCCGCCUUCCUCACCAG